AUAUUAAAAUUUGAGUAUUGAAUUAUCAAUAAAUUGCGGUUAAAAGUUAGAAAACAAACUCUAUGGUUAAAGUUUGGUUUCCAAACACACUAUUAGUAUUAGACCCCCAACUAGGCCAAGCAAUAGCCGCCGCAUGCAUUUGCAUUUAAACUAUACGAGGAAGCAAAGUAGAGAUGAAGUAGAAACAUAAUUUAUCAAUGGCAGUUUAUUCCUCUCUUCUUUCUUCUUCCUCUCUUCACUCUGCUUCUUUUCUCAAUCACAAAUUAAUUCACAAAUUUAUCUUCCUUUCUUUCCUUUGAAUUAUCCUUAAAGCUUUCCAACAAAGUUAAGUUACUUAAUUUUUCACAAAAACUCCUUUCACACAUUCAAUUGUUUUCAUCAUAUUUCAUGUUACUUCUUGCUGUAUAACCUCAUUAUACUUUCUUUCUCUUAAAAUUUUCUCAACAUUUUCAUAUAUUCUAUACUCAUUUUUUGGUGGGUUCAUUUUACCAAUUGAUAUUGGUUAGCAAGUAUGCUUCUAAGAGCCCACAUUUAUGUCUUUUUCAUUGUCCUGAUUUUAUGUAAUUGUUUGUUUGAUUUUGUUUCGGCUUCGGCUUCGUCUUCGGCUGCUGCUUUUAAUCUUAGUCUUCCUCAUGAACACCCUUUCCCUGAACAUAUUGUUCGAGAAUUUCACAGGAGAGUUAAUGUGUCUCUAAGCAGAAGGAAAACCCUAGAAACAACCCAAGAAAAGGACCAGUUUUCUUGUGUAACUGGUAAUCCAAUUGAUGAUUGUUGGAAAUGUGACCCUAAUUGGGCCGGUAACCGGCAACAGUUAGCCGAUUGCGCAAUCGGGUUCGGCUACAAGGCACUUGGUGGCAAAGGUGGUCCUAUCUAUGUGGUUACGGACUCUUCAGACCCGGACCCUCAUAAGCCUAAAUCGGGGACCUUACGUGACGCCGUUAGCCAACCCGGACCAGUUUGGAUAAUAUUUGCUAGUGACAUGCUUAUUAAGCUUAAAAGUCCUCUAUUAGUCACAAGUUUUAAGACAAUUGAUGGACGUGGUGCUCAUGUUGAGGUAACGGGUGGAGGGUGCAUAUCAAUUGAGCAUGUUACAAAUGUGAUUGUUCACAAUAUUAAUAUACAUCAUUGUUACCCUGCUGACUCGGAUGGUGACGGGUUACAUAUUUUUUCGUCUAGUAAUAUUUGGAUAGACCAUUGCACGUUGUCUAAUUGCGCGGAUGGUCUAAUUGAUUGUACCGUGGGAUCAACUGCCAUCACAAUUUCGAACAAUCACUUCUCUCAUCACGAUAAGGUUAUCUUACUAGGGCAUAGCGACGACUAUGUUGCUGAUCGAGGGAUGCAAGUCACGGUGGCAUUCAAUCGAUUCGGUGAGGCAUUAAAUCAACGUAUGCCUAGGUGCCGGUUUGGGUACUUCCACGUCGUGAAUAAUGAUUACUCGAGUUGGGCUGAGUACGCGGUGGGUGGUAGCUCUAGACCUACCAUCAAUAGCCAAGGGAAUCGAUACAUUGCACCACCAAAUCCUAAUGCCAAAGAGGUUACAAGAAGGUUGGAUGCAGAUGGGCAAGAGUGGGAGAGCUGGAAUUGGAGAACAGAAGGUGAUUUAAUGGUGAAUGGAGCCUUCUUUGUGCCAUCAGGUGAUGGGGUCAAUCCUCAAUAUUCUUUGGCUUCAAGUAUGGAGCCCAAACCUGCUGCUUUUAUUGACCAACUUACUCUCAACGCAGGCAUCUUGCUUCCUAAUGGAGGCAUAGCAAAUCCUGGAUCAAGAGGUAGCGGCAUUAGUAGUGGUGGCGGGCUAAUUCCUGGCGGCAAUGGGGGUGGUGCCCCGGGAGGCAUGUAUGGCACGGGAGACGGUUACAAUAAUCCUCCAGGAGAAGGAGGCUAUUAUGGAGGGGAUGGAGGGUUGUUUUUUAGCAGUGCACCUCCUUCACCUUGUUGUCAAACUUCCAUCAUUAUUUUGUCUACAAUACUUAUUUUGACUUUAUAUUUUACCACAAAUAAUUAUUUUGUUAUGUAGCUAGGCUAUAAGUUAUUUAUAAUUUAUAUAGAUAAUUCAAGUCAUCAAGAGUAUAUAUCUAUAAACACUUCCUCUCCCCUCCCAUAACAAAAAAUUAAAGUUACAACAUUUCAACAACCAAUUAUGAAUUGCUCCCACCUUUCAUCAGACCAAAUUAUGGCUAAGUUGAAAGAAUUAAAACAAAAAAAGAAAAAACUAACUUGUUAAUUAAGCAAAAGGUUUUGCAUGACCCAUCCAUGAUAUGAAUCAUAUGAUUGUCAUUUUAUUUAAAUGGAUGUAAAAUUAAAGGCUAUCAAAUUGUCUCUU